AUGCCUUGGAGUCGCCUCCGGACUACCAGAUCAGGUGAUACCACGGGAGGCCUCCGUCGUCACAGCACCAUUGAUCCUCUUCUAUUUCCGAAACACCAUGAGCAGAACUCCAACAACAGUACCUUGCGUCUCGGCCACGAUGCCCUCGAGUCUGUCAAAACACCGUCUCCACUCAGAAACUCGUUCGAACCUUCAGCGGUCGAUCAGGCUACACCUUCUACCGAAAGAGCGGAGAGUCCAAUGCUGCCCGAACAGCCACAGAAGCGUCAGCGAUUCAGCAUGCUGAAAUAUCGUCAUGCUAGUGAUCCUCAGAUAUCGAAGACAGCCAGAGAUCAUGGACUCACACCGGUGCCCCCUAUGCCAACAGCUCCCUCCAUUGUUACCACAGCACCUCAAGACAGUCUGGAUCCGAGUCGGAAGAAGAUGUCAACAUUUACAUUGCCUCGCCGUCACAAACCAUCAGAACUCACCAAGACGAUUUCUUCCAAGCCAUCAAUGACCUCUCUAUCCGAGAUGGCGUCGACUUCUCGUCAGAAUACUGUAGACCCUACAUUCGCCAACCCAAGCGCAAGAGAGUCCCGCAUCACCUUCGAAGAACCAGAUAGAUUCAAGGGGCUGACUGCUCCCCCCGCAUACGGCGAUGACUCCAAUUCCUCGUUGGCCUUGCCAGUCUCAAGGUUGUCAGAAUCUUCCAGGUCAGAAGGGAGUCUUGGAGACCACGGGGUCUAUGCAACGACAACGACAACCCACACAGUAUCAACCACGACGACAUUCUUUCGUCUUCCAAGACGUAAGAAGAACAAAGGCCCUCUUUUCCCCCUGCCAGUCAAAGUAUCAACUCCAGAGCCACCUCAAAAUACUGGCUUCACCCCGCGAGCAUCGAUUGGGGCCUGUACAUCAGAAACUCCACGCCGUCUAUCUCCUGCCCGCACUCCACCUCUAACUGCUGUACAUCGUUCCUCUUAUCCAGGUCAUGACAGCAAUGGGUUCACUUCUCCACUACCGUCUCCAAGUCAUGUCCGGGGCGAUAUCUCUCGCAUGGACUCCAACAACUCUCGGCAAUCUAGGAGUUCUUCUCCUGUCCGGACUGACUCAGCGCCCUUUGGCCGCCGAGGCCGGUCCUCGACCAAGGGUUCUGUCAGGCAGAGUGGGGAGGAUGAAUCCCUGCCAACGCCUCCUUUGCCUAUAUCGGGUAGGACGUCCUCCUCAACCACUGGAAGAGCAAGUCUCGGAGGGCUAUUCAAUUUAUCUCGACUCAGACAGAAUUCCGAGCCUUUACAGCUGCGGCAGGGCUCUAGUCAUCCCGCUAUCCCAGGCACGCCUAUCUCGGCUGGAUCAAAGUCUCAAUCAUUCAGCCUGAGUAGAGAACCUGUCAUAGUUCCUCAGCGCCAAGAGGGAGACACACCGGCAAAGUAUUUGAUCCGGCUCGAGGAAGCUGUAAGCCGAGGCGUCGUUGCUACGAUUCUGUCCCAGUCCAACGACGACUUUUUCAAGAAUGUACUACGCAGCUACAUGCGAGGCUUCAAGUUCUUUGGCGAUCCUCUUGACAUGUCCACCAGAAAGUUGUUGAUGGAAGUGGAACUUCCAAAAGAGACCCAGCAGAUCGAUCGAGUCCUUCAAGCUUUUGCAAACAGGUACCAUGAAUGCAACCCCGGAGUCUACGCGUCACCGGAUGAAGCAUACUUCAUAGCCUUUUCAAUAUUGAUCCUUCAUACCGACGUUUUCAAUAAGAACAACAAGCACAAGAUGCAGAAAAACGAUUACACCAAGAAUGCGAGGGGCCAAGGUGUAGCUGACGAGAUUUUGGAAUGCUUCUAUGAUAACAUUUCCUAUACCCCCUUCAUCCAUGUAGAGGACGAUGUCGACAUCAAUGGAGAGCGAAUCGUUGCCCGCAAGGCACGCAAAAACAUUUUCGCAAGGCCUAGUACAGACUCUCUAGGCAAACCCUCUCGAGAACCCGUUGAUCCUUACACGCUCAUCUUGGAUAACAGACUAGACUCCCUUCGUCCGUCGCUCAAAGAUGUCAUGAUUUUAGACGACCAUUAUACAUAUCUUGGAACAGCGCCGUCUCUAAAUCUCGCCAAUCUGAACAAGACCUUCUUCAAAUCUGGUAUCUUGCAAAUAGUGUCCUCGAGGUCCCGACCAGAAGCUUUCAUGUCACCAGAAACCAUGGCGAACCCAGCAGAAGCCCAUCCUGGAGUGGUUGACAUCAAAAUCACUAAAGUGGGUAUACUUUGGCGCAAGGACAUGAAGAAAAAGAAAGCUCGUUCGCCAUGGCAAGAGUGGGGUGCGAUAUUGACAGGAGCUCAGUUGUACUUCUUUCGCAACACCACAUGGAUCAAAAGUUUGAUGCAUCAGCACGACUCUCACCACAAACACGGGCUUCCAGGGUCGCCUGUGGUUUUCAAACCUCCGCUCGAGCAAUUCAAGCCUGACGUUUUAAUGUCCACUGAGGAUGCUGUGGCGUUGUUGGAUACUACCUACAAGAAGCAUAAGCAUGCCCUGGUAUUUGUGCGUCAUGGAGGGUUCGAGGAGACUUUCUUGGCGGAUAAUGAAGCUGAAAUGAAUGACUGGCUUGCAAAGUUGAAUUACGCUUCGGCAUUUCGGACAGCUGGUGUACGCAUGAGAGGUCUCAUCGGAGGAAGUACUGAUGGUCAAAAGACUCGCGCCAUGCGUCGUUUGAAUUCCGGCAACUCCGCACGAUCGGUGCAUACUACGCAUAGUGAAGCAUCGCUGCAAGAUAACAAAGCCGAUGCUGAACUUGCUCAUCAAAUCCAAGCAGCGAGACGACAGAUUAUGGCCCAAAAGAUAGCGGAAGCAGACGCCAAGCUGAACGAGGCCGGUAAGCAGCUGGACAUACAGCUACGGAAUGCUAGGCAUCUACAGAUCUUAGCUCCCAUACAGAACAAGACGAGGGAACAAAUCGUGCUCGCUGCUGGUGGAAUGGCUGCGAAGAUUAAGUGGAUGCGAAUGGAGUAUUGGCGCACACGAUGUCACCGAGAUAUUCUUGCCAUGGAUCUCGAAGAAGACUUCAAGUCGAGUAAUGACCGCCGUUCGGGGCAUGACAGCGUAACAGGCUCGAUUCUGCCAGCACCCUCGCCGGUAGGACCUGAUUCCAAAAAGUUUGAACUCCCCGAAAGCUACCAGACAACUCCUCGAGCUACUCAACAAGCGGAUUCUGCAGUGCGGCCUGCCACUCAGCCGUUACCAACAAAACCUUUCAGUAUGGAUGAUGUCUUUGAGUCAAUCCGGCCUUCACUGUCAGGUAUUAAUCACAGAUCAAAAGGCUCGUGGGAAUUGCCGCCUUUGUCUUUCCAGCCAGCGAAGUCUUCCGUCAAGUCUGAAUCUAGCAUUGCAAUGGCCCAGCCGACUCGGCAUUCCCUGGUACCUCGGCCAUCUUCGCGCAGCGUAAGGGACACGCCUAAAGUAUUGGACUCCAGCGAUCUAGCUACAAAGCUGGUCACGCCCACUCAAAGUAUGGAUGAGAACGAACAAGAAGUGUUGCAAGAGGCCGGCCUUGUUGAACCAGAAAGUCCCUCCACUGCUAAGGCAAAGCGCCCAGAUACAUCCGACGGAGACACAACUCGGGAAAAAUCCAAACCCUCGGAAACUGACUAUGACGGAAGGUCUAGAGUUCGACGAAGUCUACAUCGUACCUUACGCGAUUCUCACCCUCCCACACAUCAUCGAAGCAGGAAAGGCAAAGAUUCCGCCGGAAGUGCCGUUCCCACCGAAGACAAUUCCUCUCUGACCGAAAGCGAAGGCUUAGCCCGCGGUACGGGGAGCUUUACUGUGCAUGGAAAGAAGGCUUCGGUGAUCACCUUUGGUUCGGAGUUGCAGAACAUGUCCCCAGAAGAGCGCCUGAGGCUGCGGAAGCAGAUGCAAAACGACGAGUCGAAGCUUUCUGUCCCAUUGGCCAUCGAGGACGAGGAUGAUGCUGCUAAAUCUACUUUCGACCCUACUGCGAGGCGUGCUUCUGCUGUCAGUGGCAGCACCACCACUACAAGAAGUGCCCCCUUUGAAGAGAGCGUACAAGAGCAAGUGCAAACUGCAGAGCCCCCUGACGAGACAUCCGAAGAUAUAAAGGACACAUGA